AUGCAGUUUUUCAAGAUUCGGAAGUUCAGUUUCUCCCAAUUCGUUGCGAUGAGCAUCUGGCUUCAUCGUUAUGUGCGGCUUCUUGUUCACUGCGUCAGCUAUUGGCGCUACAAGUCCAAAGUGCCAAACUGGGAAAAUCCAAGAUAUACACCCGAAGAUGUCACAGUGGUCAUCCCGACGAUCCACAACCGCCCGGAGGAGCUGCGCCCCUCCCUCGAGAGCAUCCUGGCCUGCAAACCGGCUAACCUGGUACUCGUGACCACGUGUAACAAGCACGAGGCCUUACGUCGCAUCGUCGUGCUGCACGUUGACAAGGCAUACAAACGCCUCCAACUCUGCAAGGCGCUGGAGGAUGAGCACGUCAAGACGGCCAUCACGGCCAUGGCCGACGACGACGUGGAGUGGCCGUCAACCCUGAUGCCGUGGCUGCUCGCGCCAUUCGAGGACGACAGGAUGGGCGGAGUCGGGACGUGCCAGCGGGUGAAGCGCGUCGUCAACGGGGACAUCGCGACGCGUAUCUUCAACUGGCUAGGGGCUGCGUACAUCGAGCGACGCAAGUUUGAGAUCUCGGCGACGCACAACAUCGACGGCGGCACGUCGUGCAUGUCCGGGAGUACGGGUGCCUACCGCACCGAGAUCCUGAAGAGGUAUAAGUUCUUGAGGAACUUCAAGAAUGAGAAACGGGGAAGGUACAUCCUUAAUGCCGACGAUGACAAUUUUGUAACGCGGUGGCUGGUGGCCCACCAGUGGAAGACCUGGAUACAGUACGAGCCCGAGUGCAAAAUUGAGACGACGCUCGAGAAUAGCACGAAGUUCUUCUACCAGUGCUUGCGAUGGGCAAGGAGCAAUUGGAGGAGCAACUGGACCAGUCUGGUGCCCGACAAAUACGUGCUGACUCGACAGCCGUGGUGUACGUACGCACUGCAUAUCGCGACGUUCACCUCGCUGGCCUUCGUGAUCGACCCGCUCUUGCUCUUCACGUGCUGGUGGGGUACGGAAAACUGGCAGCCUAGCAACUGGCGCACCCUGCUUGCGGCGGAGAUUGCGUUCAUGUUCGGCUUCACCAAAGUGGUGAAACUGGUUGGACUGCUUCGCAGGAAUCCUCGUGACAUCAUGUUUCUGCCGGUGUCAAUCUUGUUUGGCUACUUCCAUGGUCUGAUCAAGCUCUAUGCGCUGUGCACACUCAAGGAGACGUCCUGGGGAAGUCGCGAGGACGGUGAUGAACACAGCUAUUUCCGUCUGCAGGAGAAGCCUGCCCGCAGCUAAAGCAUAGCAAUGCCGCUCCAACUCCGGUCACCCGCGCGAGUCUUCCUCAGAGACCACCCACCGUUGACAUCUCUUGCGCUCCUGUCUCCGCUGCCGAGGGCCUGUCGUUCCCUACAGAAGCUGAUCUCCGCAUCUUUCGCGGCGGCGGUCCAUGUCGUCUGCGAAUGCCUCGGAUUGGUGCCAACGGUUGUCGGAUGGUGGAAGCCAGUCAGUCCGGGCUUGUUCCACGCAGCUUAUUCUCCAUUCGAAUGUGAUGUCACCCCAAGAGCCAGGUAGGGUAACUCUCUGCCGCGACUCAUUGUUGAAAUAGAUGGUCAACCGUGUGC